AUGUUUAAGCAUAAUAAUCUAAAUAUUGCACUAUUUGAUAUCAAAUUACAUUCACCACAUAAAGAUUUGAUAUUGGUUAAAGGCAAUGAAAGUGAAUGUGAUCCAAUACCUUUUGAAGGUAGCGUCAAGUUAUCAGUGCCACAUGACAUGAAUGUUAAAAAGAUAAAGCUAAAUCUUACGGGGGAGUUUAACGUGGAGUUUUUUGAGAGGAUGCCAAGCGGAAUGAUAUCAGAUCAAGUUUAUGAUAAGCUAUGCGUAUUGAAGGUUGAAUGGGGCAACUUGUUGACUAACGAAGAAGGAGAAAUCAAAUUUGGUAAUUAUGGCGAUAAAUUUGUCAAGAUGCAUAAACUUCACGAUGCCAUAAAGAAAACUCAUCCUAAGAGUCAUGGAGGCCAUAGACUGACGCUGUCUGCAUCGUUCACCGAUGUUCAGGAAGCCGAUGGUAGUGGUUCCAACUCGCUUGAAAGACCGACAUAUUUCAGAACUAAGUCUCAGCCUUCAUUAAACAAAAUUAACCUGUCAGGCUCGUUGGUAAAAUUGCCCAAAAGUGGUGUUGAUGGAACCCCUUUCAAGCAGUACAAGACGACGUCUAACAAUGACUACUUAUUGCCACAAGGUAACUAUCGGUUACCAUUCAAAUGCUACUUACCAGCUAACACGCCCGAGACUAUAGAGGGUUUAAAAUGCUGUAGUCUCUUGUAUAAGUUAGAGUGUAUUAUUGAAAGAGGCCGUUUCGAAAAAUCGAUCCAUACUGCCAAACAUAUUAGAAUCCAGAGAACAUUGCAUCCAGAUAAUAUGAACUUGUCAGAUAGUAUCGAUAUUGAUAACAAUUGGCCUAAUAAGGCUCAAUAUAGUGUUGGUCUCAAAAGAAAAGGUAUUGCAAUUGGAUCGACCAUUACUGUCAAAUUAAUGGUUAUUCCUAUUGCGAAAGGACUAAAAUUGAAAGGUAUGAGUGGCGUUAUUGUCCAACGUUCUCAUACUGCUCAUUCCCAUGGUGUAUCUGGAGACUUUGAAGAACUUAUAGGUAAGCAAACGAUGUCAAUACCGGAUUCAAAUUCAUUGUCGGCCGAUAGAUGGGAUGUCAAAUCGACUUUCAAAGUUCCGUCGUCCUUAAAAGAGCUUACGCAAACCUGUGAUUUAAAGAAUAACAUUAUCCAGGUUAAACAUAGAUUAAGAAUAGCAGUUCAAUUGAAGAACCAAGAUGGGCAUGUCAGCGAACUAAGAGCAAAUUUACCGGUCUGUAUUUAUCUAAGUCCUAACACUGGUUAUCCAGUGGGUAGAAAAUACGAAAUUUCGACACAGGGAUAUCUUACUGCACACGACGAGAAGCAGGAUAUUUUGUUCAAAAAGGUAAGGAACGACUCUGCUGUCAAUUCGACUCCACAUAGUCCCGAAGUAUUAUCUGCUGACAACGACGACGACGAUGAAAUCGACAGUAACGAAUUGGAUAUAACGGAUAAUGCGCCUCCGAUGUAUCAACAACAUGUGUUUGAUAAGAUUUUUGAUAUUUCAUCGCCUCAAAGUCCGCUUGAACAGUUGAGAAUGCAAAGCAAUAAUUCUACACCAUUGAACUCCUUGCCCGGUUCAAUGGUGAAUAUCACCAGUUAUUUCGAUAUUCCGAAGGAAAUAGAAAGCAGAGUAUCAUCGCCAAUGAAGUCGCCUACUUUUGAUGUUAUGUCUUUAUCAAAAGUACCUUCGUAUACUCAAGCAAUUGAUGAUUAUGACGAUGAUCAAAAUGAAUUGGCACCUACAUACGAUGAUGAUAACAAGAUCACGCCAUUUUCUACAACAUCAAUUCCAAUUCCGAUUAAUAACAACUCAAUACAUAGUAGAAAGACGAGCUCUCCGAUGACGAGUAAAUCAUUUUUAUCUUUGAAUUUGCCAAAAUCUCGUCGUGUUUCCCCAUCUCAUUCGCUUUCUGCCUCACCUCAACCCCAUACACCUACACCAGGCUCACCUAAUUCAACUAUGCAACACACUCCAAUUAAGUCCCCCCAUAGUAUGAAGCUAAACACCAAAUUCUUGCAUAAAAAGAAGAAAUAG